ACAGCACCUACCAGAAACUCGGCGGGAUGAGUUCUACAAUGUAAUUCUGAGCAUUCCCGACAUUAUAAGAUUCACCGCACUCGGCGGGUUCGGCGAGAAAAAAACCUACUCCAAUGGACAAGCCCAAGGAGCCUCCUUGAAUAAUCCGGUCGCGGUCGCCCAUGGGCUAGUUGAGCAAUUGAACCCCAGCCAGAACGAUGCCGGGCGAUAUCUACCAAGCCGAACCUGCGCGGCCACUGCCGGCCGAGGAGGCCCGAGAGCAGCAGCAAGCCCACCAACAGCAGAAUGACGGAGGCCCCGUCGCGCCGUCCCUUCCGAACUCCACUUCAACACCGACCACGGCUACUACCGGCCGCCCGCGAACGGCGACGGGCGCUGCCGAGAUUGACGAGACGUUGAGCCAUCCGGGCUCAGUCCGCAUCAAUGUCAAGGGCGCCUUUAUCGUCGACCAGGAGAGCGCUACUCCAACCAGCACCAACGGACGCAGCGGAUCGCCCGGACAUCACGAGACCAAGGACAUCCGUUUACCAAACCACACUGCCGUGGUGAGCCACAUCGCAAUUGAUAUUGGUGGUUCACUUGCCAAGCUUGUUUACUUCUCGCGUGAGGCACAUUCCGCCGAGCCCGGGGGGCGCCUCAACUUUUUGAGCUUUGAGACGGACCACAUUGAUGAGUGCCUCGAGUUUAUGCGCAAUCUCAAGUACAAGCAUCAGCGGCUCAAUGGAGGCGGGGAUGGCUCAUCUAGUCCGCGCGGCACUGACCUGUGUGUGAUGGCGACGGGAGGCGGUGCGUACAAGUACUACGACAAAAUCCGUGACGUACUUGGGGUAGAUGUGCUGCGGGAAGAUGAAAUGGAGUGUCUGAUUAUCGGCCUUGACUUCUUCAUCACAGAGAUACCCCGUGAAGUCUUCACAUACUCCGAGGCGGAUCCGAUGCGAUUCGUUCCGUCUUCGGAAAAUGUAUACCCUUACCUACUUGUGAACAUCGGCUCUGGUGUGUCAUUUCUCAAAGUGUCCGGCCCGCGUGAGUAUCAGCGUGUGGGUGGCACAUCGCUCGGCGGUGGCACGCUCUGGGGCUUGCUCAGCCUGUUGACGGGUGCACGCACCUUUGACGAGAUGCUGGAGCUCGCCUCGCGAGGGGACAAUAGCAAGGUGGAUAUGCUCGUGGGCGAUAUUUACGGGUCCGACUACGGCAAGAUCGGGCUGAAAAGCACGACGAUCGCUAGCUCAUUCGGUAAAGUCUUUCGGAAGAAACGACAAGCCGAGAGCGAAGCCGAGGAUAGUGGCGGCCUGCGAUACAAGGACCAACACCGCCCGGAGGGCCAACAGCAUCAACCACCACAUGCCAGAGACGGCACCGCAAACGGACCUUCCCCGUUCUCACACGAUGAUACGCAGCCCUUCUCGUCCGCUGAUAUCUCCGUCUCACUUCUGUACGCAAUCUCGAACAACAUUGGCCAAAUUGCGUUUUUGCAGAGCCAGAUCCAUGAGCUGUCGCACAUUUACUUUGGCGGGUCCUUCAUCCGGGGCCAUCCGCAGACCAUGAACACGCUCAGCUACGCCAUCAAGUUUUGGAGUAAGGGCGCGAAGCAGGCCUACUUCUUGCGGCACGAGGGGUAUCUGGGCGCUGUCGGCGCCUUUCUAAAGAGGCAACCUCGAAACUGGGGGCGAAGGGGCAGCUUCGUAGGCGGCAGCAAUGGAGGCGAUGCUUCGGGCGAGGGCGAAAUCCGGUCCGGCCGGGGGUAAAGCCUGGAGGAUGACACCUCUGGCAUCUGUUGGAUUCUCAUUCGGUUUCCGGCAUGGUGCGAAAGUAGUAGCGGGCACAUAGACUCUGGUUGACAUGGGGCGGUUAUCAGCGAGCUGGCGUUUCUUGGGAGGAAUUUAGCCAUUUAUGUUAUAUGUCCAACUCAUUUGCUCAAAUCACUACCCUUGUGCAUCGCGGUCCUGAGGGGAUUACUACCUACUAAUAUACACAGCACACCAGACAUGGAUGACUGAGCAGUCAUGACUCCUGAGAAAGCCCCAUGCUUUAUCAGCACAUGUCUCUUAUUAAUAGCAUCCAAGCAAGGAAUGGGAUUCCCGCUCCUUUCCGUGUCU